AUGAGGGAUAAACACGUUUUUGCUUAUCUGUAUCUACUGGGAUGUCUUCUGCCUUCCCUAAGGAAGGUAAUCACUGCCUCAGAGUUCAAGCUGGAUGGGGAUUAUUUGAUCGGGGGUCUUUUUGACAUUCAUCAUGUCAGUGGAGCAUAUCCUCAUUACAAACCAGAAACCAUCACCUGCUCAAGGGAACAAUUAAUUCUAUCAAGUUAUCGGAGGUUUCAGUUGAUGAGAUUUUCUGUUGAUGAAAUCAAUAACUCCACUAACCUGCUGCCAGAUGUAACUCUCGGCUAUGAAAUAUUUGAUCACUGCUCAGACAUAAAAAAUUUUCCUGGCAUUUUCAACCUUAUUUCGGAUAAUAAAUUCAUAUACCCUUUGCAAGGGAUGAGCAAGAACGUUUCUAAAGUGAUCGCAGUUGUUGGCACUUAUACAAGCACUGAGACUCUGACGGUGGCCCCUCUCUUCAUGAUGGAUCUUAUUCCUAUGGUCAGUUACGGAGCUGCUAGUUCUACCUUUUCAAGAAAACAGAUUUUUCCAUCUUUCUUACGAACCGUCCAUCCCAACAAAGACGUCAUUGAAGCGGUUUAUAACAUUCUACAGAACUUCAACUGGCGAUGGGUUUCAUUCCUUUAUAGCGAAGGUGAUUAUGGAAAAGAUGGCUUGGACCUGUUCAUGAAGAAGAUAAAGGAUACAGAGAUCUGCUUGGCAUACACCAAAGCCCUUGAUAAAAACACAGAACAUUCUCUAUUGUUCAAACAGCUAGAGGCACAAAGAGUGAAUAUCAUCAUUGUUUUUGCUCCUGAGUGGACUGCUGAAGCUCUGAUUAAAGCAGCCAUAAAACAAAAUGUAACAAACAAAGUGUGGAUAGCAGGGGAUGCUUGGUCCUUACACAUGCAGCUCCCCAAAGAAAAUGGAAUUAGAAAUAUUGGAACUGUACUGGGGGUUGCUGAGCCAAAAAUUGCAAUACCAGGUUUCAAUGAUUUCAUAUUUUCUUCUAAAGCCCAGCCUCAGCAUGAUAACAACAGUGAGGAAAUGUUUUGUAAUCAGGAUUGCAAUUGCCCCGAUGUGACUGCUGAAGAUAUCAUCAACGCAGACCCAUCUUUCAAUUUUCCUGUUUAUUCUGCUGUUUAUGCCAUCGCACAUGCUUUGCACAAUGUCUUGCAAUGUGGGACGGGCAGAUGUAAUAAACCUGUAUCAGUGCAACCACACGUGGUUCUAACAGUGCUGAGGGAGUCCAACUUUGUGCUUUUAAAUCAGAGCGUUCAGUUUGAUGAGAACGGGGACCCGAUGUUCGGAUCUUAUUCAAUCGUUUUCUGGAACCGCAGUGGCGAUGCAGAGGAGGUUGGGUUUUAUAAUUUUUACCCAUUUCUCCACUUCUACAUCAACAGCACUAAAAUCCAGUGGCAUUCAAAUGAAGAGGCACCAGAGUCCUUUUGUUCCAAAGAAUGUCCUGAAGGGUAUUCAAAAACACAAGAGGGAAUCCAUACAUGCUGUUUUAGCUGUACAAUCUGUCCAAAUGGGACUUAUAUCAACGCUACAGAGGACCCCUACAACUGCAUUGGCUGUAAGGUGACAGAGUGGGCUGAUCGAGGAAGUACACAAUGUAACCUGCGCCUGGUGGAGUACAUACCAUUCACAGACAGUGGCGCCAUAGUGAUCGUGUUUGGAGCCUGCACCCUAGUGGGCCUCACACUAGCCAUGUCUGUUCUGUUCGCCAUUAACUACAACACUCCUGUUGUCAAAUCUGCUGGAGGACCGAUGUGCUUCCUGAUUUUAAUCUGCCUCAGUCUGUGUAGUAUCAGUGUGUUCUUUUACUUCGACAAACCCACAACUGCUUCAUGUGUCUUACGAUUUUUACCAUUUCUGUUGUUCUUUACAGUUUGUCUGUCAUGUUUUGUUGUGCGGUCCUUUCAGAUUAUUUGCAUUUUCAAAAUAGCUGCCAAAUUCCCCAAACUCCUCAACUGGUGGAUGAAAUAUCACGGACAGUGGCUGGUCAUCAGUGUGGCAUUUGGCACUCAGGCAGUCUUACUUAUUAUUGGCUAUUCUGUUGCCCCCCCAAAGCCUUACAGUGAUAUGUUUUCCUACACGGAAAUAACCAUACUCAGUUGUGACCUUAACCUUAAAGCGAUAUCUGGUUCUGUGACUUUACUCGCCUCACUGUGCUCCCUUUGCUUUAUUUUCUCUUACAUGGGAAAAGACCUUCCAAAGAAUUACAAUGAAGCCAAAGCGAUAACCUUCUGCCUGCUGUUGCUGAUCCUCACCUGGAUUGUCCUUACUACUACAAGCAUGCUUUACCAUGGAAAGCACAUUCACACAUUUACGGCUCUGGCAGUGCUUUCAAGUCUCUACUGUUUUCUGUUUUGGUAUUUUAUUCCAAAAUGUUACAUCAUUAUUUUUAAGCCUCAGAAAAACACUCAGCAACACUUCCAGGGUCUCAUUCAAAACUAUACUAAAACAGUUAGCCAGUAAUCCCCUCCAAAUAUGCCAUGCUUUUGAUAGUAGCUAAAUAAUCUUUUGAAGAAAGUGAUGUGAUCAUAUUGUUAGCAAUCUUUUGCAAGUCAUUUAAGCACAUGCACUACCCAAUCUAAACAGUUUUUUGUGGAUAUGUUCUACUCAACCCCCUCUAAAACAUUUUGAGAUAAGUGGGUGAGACAAUCUGGAAACAUACAGCUAGUCUUCAAAUGUACUUGCUACAAAUGAGUAAAUGCUCCAGCUCAAGUAUCACUUUUUUGCUGACCCAGACUUUGC